UGCGCACCGUCACCUUUCUGAAGAGUUUACAAAGAGGAGGGAAAAUUUAGUUGUUAGAAUGGGAGGUUCGGACAGUAAACUAAAUUUCAGGAAAGCCGUCGUUCAGCUGACAACAAAAAAGACGGCUGUCGAAGCGACAGAUGACACCUUUUGGGAUCAGUUUUGGUCUGAGUCGUCGGCGACUAUCAGUGACGUUUUUACUUUGAUUCCUGCCUCGGAAAUCAGAGCUUUACGAGACGAGAAUCCCUCAAAUUUGGCGACGCUUUGCUACAAGUGUGUCGAGAAGCUUCAUAAUGCCACUUUGACUGGUUGUUCCAACCCUUCUGAACAACUUUCUGUCCUAAACUGUGUGCGUCUGUUGACACGGUUUGUGCCAUACAUUUUUGAGGAUCCAGAUUGGAGAGGGUUCUUCUGGUCCACUGUUCCAGGACAGGAAGAGGAAAGUUUUCAUGGGGGCGAAGAGGCUGCAGAAGCAAGACCCCCACUUGCUCAAACACUUCUCAGUGCAGUUGCAGAUCUGUGUUUCUGUCCAGAGUUUACUGUUCAUCCUCCAAAAAAAACUGGUCCAGAUCAGCCUGAGGAUCUGUCUUCAAUUGAUAGCUGUGAAUAUAUAUGGGAAGCUGGUGUUGGAUUUGCAUCAUCCCCUCCCAGCAAUCCACAGUUUGAUUGCAGCAGAUCUGAACUUCUAAAAUUACUGCUGACUUGUUUUUCUGAAGCAAUGUACCUUCCUCCCACAGCUGAAAAUCACUGUAGACCAAAUAAAUGGCUGUCGUUUUUCUCAUCAGCUGGGAAUAGACAUGCUCUUCCAAUAUUCACCUCUCUGUUAAAUCUUGUGUGCUCGUAUGACCCCCUUGGAUAUGGAGUGCCAUAUAACCACCUUAUGUUUGCUGAUUACCGUGAACCUCUGGUGGAGGUUGCUGCUCAAUUGCUUGUUGUCCUUUUGGAUCAUGAUUCAAUGCAGCCCACCCCAACUACAAUGAAUGGAACUGAUACAGAACACUCUUUUGAGGAACCUCCAGUUGAUAACCUUUUCUGUAAUUAUUUGUCACGAAUACACAGAGAAGAGGACUUUUACUUUAUUCUCCAUGGUGUUGCAAAUCUACUCAAUAACCCUCUUGUUCAAACAUAUCUUCCAAAUUCUUGCAAGAAAGUUAGUUUCCAUCAAGAACUUCUAGUUCUAUUUUGGAAGAUGUGUGACCAAAACAAGAAAUUUCUGUUCUACGUGCUGAAGAGCAGUGAUGUGCUGGAUAUCUUGGUCCCAAUUCUUUAUCACUUGAAUGAUGCAAGGUCUGAUCAAUCUCGUCUAGGUUUGAUGCAUAUAGGAGUGUUCAUAUUACUGCUUUUAAGUGGAGAAAGAAAUUUUGGAGUCCGUCUCAAUAAGCCAUACUCUGUUAGAGUGCCAAUGGACAUUCCUGUGUUUACAGGGACCCAUGCUGAUUUUCUUGUUAUUGUGUUCCAUAAGAUCAUUACAAAUGGACAUCAAAGACUUCAACCACUGUUUGACUGUCUUUUGACAAUUAUUGUCAAUGUUUCUCCCUAUUUGAAAUCCUUAUCAAUGGUGGCUGCCAAUAAAUUGCUUCAUCUUUUGGAGGCAUUUUCCACUCCCUGGUUCCUGUUCUCCAAUGCCACCAAUCACCAUUUAGUGUUUUUCUUGCUGGAGAUCUUUAAUAACAUCAUUCAGUAUCAAUUUGAUGGAAACUCUCAUCUCGUGUAUGCAAUUAUAAGAAAGAGAAAUAUCUUCCACCAGUUGGCAAAUCUUCCAACCGAUCCUGCUACUGUUCAGAAGCCAAGAAGGAGACUUACAUCCCAAGGUUCAGACAAGGAUGCCCAGACCUCAGGCAGUGAGGGAGAAGAAAAGAAGCCUGGAACGAGUGCUUCAGCGGCCGAGGGUUUACCGGAGAUGUCCGCAGACAUGUCUGUGAAAGAAGUUCGCAAUCCUGCCAGUGAAUCAGAAACUAGUGAUGUAGAAGCACGGUCCCCUGGGGAAGCAACCCCACCCAGUACCCCUGGAACAUCCCGCACAGAGAGAAAAUCUAUUGGACGAUCUGUUUCUGUCACAAGCUCAGGGCCAUUUGUAGCAACGCCUGAAUGGGUCCAGUCUUGGAAACAGAAGCUUCCACUGCAGACGAUAAUGAGAAUGCUUCAAGUUUUAGUUCCUCAAGUGGAAAAGAUUUGCAUAGACAAGGGUUUGACGGAUGAGUCUGAAAUAAUCAAGUUUCUUCAGCAUGGCACAUUGGUCGGUCUUCUACCUGUGCCACAUCCAAUCUUAAUCAGAAAAUACCAGGCCAACAGUGGUACUCAGAUGUGGUUCCGAACUUAUAUGUGGGGAAUUAUUUACCUCAGGAACAUUGAUCCCCCAAUCUGGUAUGAUACGGAUGUCAAACUGUUUGAAAUCCAAAGAGUAUAAAAUUUUGGUCCAUCUGUAAGAAUUCUCACCGUCGACGUAAAGCAAAAAGGAUCAGUUACAUUUAUAAUAAUGAUUCUGUUAUCUUUCAUCGAUAAAAGGGAGGAAUAUUUGAAGUCGGCGGCAGUCAAACAUAAGUUAAUUCUAGUUAUAAUAAUGGACAAUUUUGUUCGCGGUUGAAUUCCCAUUAGAGGCAAAUUUGGACUUGCUGAGUCCAUAAUGAUAAUUGAGUACUUAAAAUUUACUUUCUGAUAACGAGUCAGUAAUAUUUAUGAGGUCAUCUACCAUCUACCAAGGUUCUCUUGACCAAAGCAAGAGCUUAAUUUGCAGAUAUGCAGGUAUAAAUAUUCUUAGUCAGGUUUAAGAUGCUACUUUGGGUAAGGGAGAAUACCUUAUCAGGGCGGAGCUGUUGGUCGUCGAAGUAGGUCUCUCGGAUUUGUGUGUAGUUUCGCUCUAGUACCGGUCCCAGUUGUUCAAAGAGCUGAUACUAAAAUAAUGACCGCUAUCCAACAGAUGAAUCGCAGUCAGCGAGGGUCUAGUCGUAUAAAGGGCAGAUAAUGCUAUCCAACGGAAUAGUGAUGGCAAAACGCAUAGCGUUAUUCAGCGGAUAGAGAUUUAUCCAGUGGAUAGCGUUAUCCGACCUUCGAACAACCGGGGACAGAUAUUAACAAAGCGUACUUCGCUAUCCACUGAAGAGAGAUUUAUCCAGUGGAAAUAAGGUCUGUGCAAUAGGACAGAUAAUUUUAGAAUUUUGUGUGUCCUCCUUUCGUUACAUUAGCAGUACUACGCACUAUAUAAUCAGUUCACGACUUGAACUGAGUAGUCCACCCCACCCCCACCCCCUAGGUGGUCACGCCCUUAACAAUUGAUCCGUUUGCUUCUUUUUGAAACCUUUUCGUUUCCAAUAUUAUUCUCCUUGUUAGCUACCACGCUUUUCUAUUUGUGAUGGUUCAGAUAUAAUUUUUUUUCCUAUAUAUAUAUUUAGACUAUCUGCUCAAUGAAAAAUUUCAUUCACGUCCCUUGUCUCUGUUUAACACAACAUUUAUUUUCGCAUUUAAGGGGUCCAUAAGGUAUAUAUAAUAAUCUGUACAUAAUGGAUUUUAAAUCGUAGGUUUUCGUAUAAGGAAUCGCUAUCAGAGUGGUAUACAUCUGCAGCAGGAUAUUAUUUGUAGGUUGAAUUUGUUAGCCCAUAAGUUAUUUAAGAGGAGAAAAGGUUACAUACUUUAAGAAAAUUGAAAUUGUACGAAAUUAUGUUUAGAGUCCAAUCUUGAUCAUUUCCUGGUUCUUUCAACCCUUUAGAGUACAUACUAGUGGCAGAGAGAACGAACUUGCUUCAAUAAAUACGUG